ACCUCCAUUUCAGAAAAGAACAGGGUGAGCUGACCCAUUGCAGCAGGACACUGCAGGACAAAGGCCAAGCUGAAGGGAGAUGGCAGCAGGUUAUUGAUUGCUGAGGAGACCUUGAGCUUGGAUGCCCCUGAUGGAGGCCGAGGAACAGGAGGAAGAUUCCAGCUCCCUCUCAAAGGACGGAUCAGAGACUAACUCACGAGACUGCCUCCGCUAUGUGUCCCUUGGGAUAGCCUUUCUGUUGCUGGCUGGAGCUGCUGCAGCAACCUGGUAUUUCCUAGACUACAGACCAUGGCACCUGGAACCAGCCAUCCUGCAGUUUUACUGUGGCAGCCUCCAGGUCCUUAACCGCCGAUACUUCCCGGACCUUGGGCGGCUGGAGUCCAGAGCCUUCUGGUUGGAGUCAGCGAAGCUCCAGAACAUGCUGAAGGAACUGAUUCGUGCCACAGAGCUGGGUCGAUACUACAACUCGAGCACAGUGUAUGCCUUUGGGGAGGGAGCUCUGACCUUCUUCUUCUGGUUUGCCCUCCAAAUCCCUGAGAGCCAGCAGAAGGAGGUGACUGCUGAGAGGGUAAACACAACGCUCCACCAAGAGCUCUCCACCAGAUUUAACAGCUCAGGCAGCCUGUCCUACCAGACGGAGUACAGAGUCAACCCAGACUCACUGAUCCUGCUGGAAUCCAGUGUGAAAGACAUAGUAGUGCUGAAAUCCACUCUGGGUUGCUACAGGUACAGCUAUGUCCAGGAGGAUGACGUCCUAAGGUUGGAGGGUCCUGACUACCUGGCAUCCAGUUGUCUUUGGCACCUGCACAGCCCGGAGGGCUACAUGAUCAAGCUGCACCUGGAGUGGACUCUCACAGACUGCAGGGAUCGCCUGGCUAUGUAUGACACAGCCGGGCCCCUGGAGAAACACCUCAUCACCUCGGUCUACGGCUGCAGCCGGCAGGAACCUGUUGUGGAAGUGCUUUCCUCUGGCCCUGUCAUGUCUGUUGUGUGGAAGAAAGCCAUGUACAGCUACUAUGACCCCUUCAUCCUCUCAGUGCAAGCAGUGCCCCUCAAAGCCUGUGAAGUGAACAUAACUCUGCAGGAGAGGCUGGAGAUGCAGGGGAAGAUUGGCACCCCACACUACCCCAGUUACUACUCACCCAAUACACAGUGCACCUGGCACAUGACGGUCCCAUCCCUCAGCUAUGGGGUCACCCUGUGGUUCGAUGCCUACUCACUCAGCAGACAGAAACAGGACCUGCCCUGUACCCAAGGCCAGUGGAUAAUUCAGAACAGAAGGUUGUGUGGCCUCCGGACCCUGCAAGACUACGCUGAGCGGAUCCCAGUCACAUCCUCUGCUGACAUCACCAUCACCUUCACCUCACAGAUCUCCUUAACUGGCCCUGGUGUUCAGGCAGCUUACAGCCUGUACAACCAAUCUGACCCUUGCCCUGGGGAGUUCCUGUGUUCUGUAAAUGGUUUGUGUGUUCCAGCCUGUGAUGGGAUCAAAGAUUGCCCCAAUGGACUGGAUGAGAGAAAUUGUGUGUGCCCUGCGAAGUUCCAGUGCCAUGAGGACAGCACUUGCAUCGAGUUCAGCAGGGUCUGCAACCAGCAGCUGGACUGUGUCAAUGGGAGUGAUGAGGAGCAGUGCAGUGAAGUGGUGCCCUGUGGUCCUUUCACCUACCGCUGUGAAGAUGGCACUUGUGUGAAGAAACCCAACCCCCUGUGUGACACCACGGCAGACUGCAAGGACCUGUCCGACGAGAAGUACUGUGACUGCGGGCUGCAAGCCCCUCUCAGCAGGAUCGUGGGCGGUGCCAAUUCUGUGGAAGGGGAAUGGCCGUGGCAGGCCAGCCUGCAGGUCCGGGGGCGCCACAUCUGCGGGGGCACGCUCGUUGCUGACCGCUGGGUGGUCUCAGCCGCACACUGCUUCCAGGAUGACAGGCUGGCCUCUGCCUCUAUCUGGACUGUGUACUUGGGCAAAUACUUUCAGAAUGCCACCAGCCACACAGAGGUGUCCUUCAAGGUGAUCCGCCUCUUCCUUCACCCUUAUUACGAGGAGGACAGCCAUGAUUACGACGUGGCGCUGCUCCAGCUGGACCAUCCUGUGAUCAUCUCACCCUUAAUCCAGCCCAUCUGCUUGCCUGCUCCGUCUCAUCUCUUCGAGCCUGGCCUUCACUGCUGGAUCACUGGCUGGGGAGCCCUCAAGGAAGGCGGGCACAUCAGCAACAUUCUGCAGAAGGUGGAUGUGCAGCUCAUCCAGCAAGACAUCUGCAACGAGGCCUAUCACUACAUGAUUUCUCCCAGGAUGCUGUGUGCUGGGUACCAAAUGGGCAAGAAAGAUGCCUGCCAGGGCGAUUCUGGAGGUCCUCUGGCCUGCAAGGAGCCCAGUGGCAGGUGGUUUCUGGCAGGUUUGGUCAGCUGGGGAAUGGGAUGUGCACGUCCCAAUCACUAUGGAGUAUACACCAGGAUCACUCAAGUGCUGGGCUGGAUGAACCAAACCAUGAGCUGAGAAAAGUGCAUCUCUGCCUCUCCCCAUCAGACCUACACUCACAUGGCACUCAUUCCUCAUCUUGCUCACUUGCCUCUCAGAGACAAGAGUUUCUGUGUGGGAUGUUACCAGACUCAAGAUGCUCUUCUGAGCAUGGUAAAACAAAACAAAACCAAACCAACCCAGAAAUCUACAAAGGUGCUGUGGGGAUUACAGAGAGAAGCAGGCAGACCCUCUUCCUCCUCAGUGCUUUCCAGGGAGCAUCCCAAGGUGGUUUUAGGCCAUCCAUCCAUCCAAAAGAGGUGUUGAAGGGGGCAGGGAAUGGACAAUAACAUAAUACCCAACAAUGGUCCCAAGUUGAUGGUUUCUGAGAAAAGGAAUGAGGGGACUUGAACUUUCCAUGAACCAUGUGAUUCAGCCACAAUCCUGCGCUGGAACAUUUGCUGAAAGAAAAUGUGACUGAUGUAGUUAGAGAUUCCAGUAACUGCGAAAUCAAUCUGCCUCCCUCUUCCUUCCUGCUGCUCGUCCUUCUUCCCCCUUCCCCUCCCAUCACUCCUCCUCUUCCAUCUCCCUAAUUGCUUUUCUUAGCUGGCUUGUGCUGCUCAGUGUGCUGCUCAGCUCAGCCAGGCAACUCUUCACGUCUCACUGACUCCCAGGCAUGAGUCCAGCAUCACACCCCCAGGCGCGUGUCCUGCCUCCCAGCUGCAGCAGCACCCAGCCUCCACUGAGCCCAGCCUCCACUGCUGCACUUUCCUCAGGGAAAGGCCCCAGCCCUCAAUAUAAACAUCUGAGCAGCCUCCCAUCCCCUUCCUUCAGCCCUUCUAAAUACCUUUAGUAUGAGUGUGUCUCAAUUGCUUACAUCUCCUAACUCAGAUGAUCCAGGAGGUGGAAGAGAAGGCUUGAGGGCACAGUGCUUAAACAGUGACUGCUCUGGGUCUGGUUGUUUUUUACUGAAGACAUCCAUGUAUGUAUAUACCAUGGGCCACUCUUUGGAAUUAGAAAUAAAAUUAAUCUGAAAGGGGUUUUGGCUCUAGUUUGCCUUUCUCUGUGAAAAAUUAUCUGGGAGUUUUUAUCAUUUUGACCAAACAAAAGUUUCCACAGCCCUGCCCCACCUCUCAGCUGGCCCUCAGGAGCAAUGGGGUCAACAGAUUACCUAGAUAGGUCCUCACUUAUUGUUAUCAUUUAGGAAUGCAGAUACCAGUAAGCAAACCUGCUCUGUAGCCCAGCUGCCUGCAGUGGAGAUGCAGCACAGCUGCAGAAAGAAGUUCCUCA